AUGGGGAAUGGCAUGACUAAGGUACUUCCUGGACUCUACCUCGGAAACUUCAUCGAUGCCAAAGACCCGGACCAGCUGAGCCGAAAUAACAUCACACACAUCAUCUCCAUUCAUGAGUCACCCCAGCCUCUGAUGCAGGGCAUAACCUACCUUCGCAUCCCAGUAGCCGACAACCCUGAUGUACCCAUCAAAAAGCACUUCAAAGAAUGUAUCAACUUCAUCCACUGCUGCCGCCUCAACGGGGGGAACUGCCUUGUGCACUGCUUUGCAGGCAUCUCUCGAAGCACCACCGUCGUGACAGCUUACGUGAUGACUGUGACCGGCCUAGGCUGGCGGGAAGUGCUUGACGCCAUCAAGUCCACCCGGCCCAUUGCUAACCCCAACCCGGGCUUUAGGCAGCAGCUCGAAGAGUUUGGCUGGGGCAGUUCCCGGAAGCUUCGCAGGCAGCUGGAGGAUCGCUUCGGAGAGAGCCCGUUCCGCGACGAGGAGGAGAUGCGCUUGCUGCUACCGCUGUGCAGGCGCUGCCGGCAGGGCUCCGCGACCUCGGCCGCCUGCCCCGCGCCGCAGGCCUCGGCCUCCGAGGGGGCCCUGCAGCGCCUGGUGCCGCGGCCGCCGCGGGAGGCGCGCGGGCCGCUGCCGCUGCUGGCGCGCGUCAAGCAGACUUUCUCCUGCCUCCCGCGCUGCCUGGCCCGUCGCGGCGGCAAGUGA